CAGGGAGAUGCGCUGCUAUGGGUGAAGGCGUGUAGCCUCAGAGUCGCGCAUUCACAGCAAACCCGCGAAGUGCUCGCUGUUUCUGUCAGUACCGUUUCGGACACUUCUCCGAGCCUGUGUGUGUGUUUUCCGUGAACCUGAGCUCAGGGGACGGAAAGGCAACUCCACACUGAAGUGAAGCAGGGAAAUCACACCGCAGGGAGAGAGAGAGAGAGAGAGAGAUCAGGGAAGGCAGGAUUACUGCGUCUGAGAUGCUCAAAGUGAGUAUGAUCAGCUCCAGGCCAGGCGCAGCUCCGGAAUACUGGAUUGAUGGCUCAAAGAAAGAGACGCUGGAGGACUUCUACGAGCUGGAGUCGGAACUGGGACGGGGAGCCACAUCAGUGGUGUUUCGAUGUCGGCAGAAAGGCACCCAGAAACCCUACGCUGUGAAGAAGCUGAAGAAAACCGUUGAUAAGAAGAUUGUACGAACCGAGAUCGGAGUCCUGCUGCGCCUCUCUCAUCCUAAUAUAAUCAAGCUGAAGGAGAUCUUCGAGACGCCCUCAGAGAUCAGCCUCGUCCUGGAACUCGUCACUGGAGGAGAAUUAUUUGACAGGGUGGUGGAGAAGGGCUACUACAGCGAGCGAGAUGCAGCAGACGCGAUCAAACAGGUGCUGGAGGCCGUCGCGUACCUGCAUGAAAACGGUGUCGUGCACCGCGACCUGAAACCCGAGAACCUCCUGUACGCCACUUCAGCACCAGAUGCUCCUCUCAAAAUAGCUGAUUUCGGGCUGUCGAAAAUCAUGGACGACCAGGUGACCAUGAAAACGGUGUGUGGGACUCCGGGAUAUUGUGCUCCAGAGAUCCUCCGGGGUUGUGCCUACGGGCCCGAAGUCGACAUGUGGUCUGUAGGAGUUAUCACGUACAUCCUACUAUGCGGUUUUGAGCCUUUUUUUGAUGACCGAGGGGAUCAGUACAUGUUCAAGCGCAUCCUGAACUGUGAAUAUGAGUUUGUCUCCCCCUGGUGGGACAAUGUGUCUCUUAAUGCUAAGGAUCUAGUGAAGAAGUUGAUCGUCAAGGACUCAAAGAAGCGCCUGACGACACAGCAGGCCCUGCAGCACCCGUGGGUGACCGGGAAAGCCGCUAACUUCACCCACAUGGACACGGCUCAGAAAAAGCUCCAGGAGUUCAACGCCAGAAGAAAGCUCAAGGCUGCCGUUAAAGCGGUGGUGGCUUCGACACGGCUGGGAAGUGCCAGCAGCCACAGCAACUCGUUCGCAAGCAAGGCAAACUCUCAUCCCACUGAGCAGCAGGACACGGAAAACGAGCAGCCUGGAAAAGACGUCCACGAACUCGAAGACUCGUAGACUUGUUUGGAUUUGCAAAGGGAACAAGUUUACAAAAGGAAAAGGGUUUUUUUUCUGAUGGGCUCGUUUCGACCUGAAACCAUGGGGUCCUGACAGGGUCACGACAGGAUUGAGGGAUUUGGGUUGUGGUGACAUGCAUGCGAGUGAUUUUUAGGCUAAAAAAAAUAUCAUGCCAUUUAAUACAAGGCAUCUUGAUAUCUGUAUAAUGUAUUUGAAAGCUGUAUGUGAACCAAAUGAAGGUAAACCGAAUGAAUGUUUUUCCAUUAACAGAUAUUAGCUGAUUAUUUUUGAGUUAUAUACCAUAUCGCCAACUGAAGACAACUAAAACAUAAAGACGCAACACUGAGCUGCUUUAUUACAAGCAUACUUUUAAAUGCAUACGUUUUACAAAUCAUACAGUUUAAACAAACAACCUGGGCUGUAGAUGUCCUAUUAUUAUUAUUAUUAUUAUUAUUAUUAUUAUUAUUGACCAGGGUCUUAUUGUUUACUCUCGACAGAUAUCUCCUACCAUAGGAAUAAGCUAAAACAGUGUCGCUUUACGUCCUGAGAGUUUUACCGAAUUGAAAGGGCUUAGAAAAACGUUUGUGUUGUCGAAGGAGGAAAUUGAAGAGCUUAUUUUCUACUUUUCUAAGAAUCAGUAUCAAGUACAGUACAUGAUGCAUGGUUUAAAAAAAAAUCAACAAAAAGAAAAGAAGUUAUGCACAAAUUAAUGCUUGUUAGCAGUACCAAAAACAAACCUUUAGCACCCUCAGAACAUCCAACCGUCUGCUCCAAAAUUGUUGGCACCUUUUGGUAAAAAAAAAAAUUAAAGACAAAGGGGUUAAAUGCCCAUUAAAAAAAAAAAAAAAUACACACACACACACACACACACACACACACACACACACAGAGCGGCACGGUGGUGUAGUGGUUAGCGCUGUCGCCUCACAUCAAGAAGGUCCGGGUUCGAGCUCCGUGGCCGGUGAGGGCCUUUCUGUGCGGAGUUUGCAUGUUCUCCCCGU